GCUGUCAAUUAGGCAAACAUGAGCAAACUAUGUGAGCCAACGUUCGCCAGCCGAUACAGCUAAUAAGGCGUCAUUGAAUUACUGUGUUUAUGGGAGGCAUCCAAUCGACCAAUGGUCUCUCCGGUACGAGAUACUCGUUCAGUUAUGCCCAAUUUUCGGGUUUAAUACUUUAAUGAAAAGGAGAGUGUACGCAGAAAUCCUCUCUGGCCCAAGGCCUACACAAGUCUAGCGGAGCUAACAGCUAGCUAUCAGGCAAACCGGGUUGCUGGCUGGGUUGCUAGCUAGUUAGCAUUAGCUCAGGAGAUCGAAAAGCCGGUUGGAAAGUCACAACUAGGUCUCGACCACAGUAUGGGCCUGUAACGGAAAUAAAUGAACAGUCCCCGUAAAAAUAACCAGUUCAUCAUUCUAGCCACCAUUAUUAACGUAGAGCUAAACAACAAGCUUCGAAAAAUAUAUUCCCUAAAGCUAAAAAGUGCUAAGCUAACAGGCUAGAGGAGUGAAUAGUCUGCUAGCUGGCGAGGCACCUGGCUGACAACGCCUUGAAAAAACAUCUUACAAACACUGUGUUCGAGCAGCAAAAUGGCACCGCGGAUGUGUUACUUGCUCCCAGCUCUCCCUGACAUGUAAAAUACUAAACGGUAGUUCCAAACCUAAGAAGAUUUGUGGUUAAAUAACACGAUUACCUCUCAGCGUUGUUGGGACGUCAAUAUGGCGAUGCUCGGGAUCAAGAGCUUAGUGCGAACAGCCUUUCCCGCAGAGGGCGCUCUCCUUUUUCUUUUUCAUGGAGGGGAGACGGUGGCUCUCUCUGCCACCAACAGGAGACACAGCUGGAGACUGCAGUCAACAAUGAAGCUUUUCAGGUGUUGUCUCCUUCUACUUCCAUUUGCAACUACGGUGUUAACAGCACCAAUCAGAGCUCAAAGAGAAGAUGUGUUAAGCUUCCUGAAUGAUGAACUUGGCACAAUGACCAUACCUGCAAAUGUAACAGCAUAUAGGAACCCUACAAGAAAACCUGUGACCGAGAAAGACUCUGAAGAUGCAGUCAAAGGCCUUGAAAGCCAUGAGAUUGAGAUCAUGAUUCCUAAUGUUGUGGAGAAUGACAACGCACCACUAGGGAGGAAAACAGGAGUGGACAAAGACAGUGUGGGGCCAGUGGAUAUGAGCAGAAGACUUGUUCAGGACCAUGGGAGCAGAGAGUGGACUGAUCUUGACAAGGACGAAGGAAUGACGGUGGAUGCUCAUAAGGAAGAUGGAAAUUUGUCAGGAAAACAAGAUAUCCGUUUAAGUGGAGACGAACUGACUGGCAGUGGCAGUCAAUGCGCCAAUCUCCAAAGAAAGGCAGGAAGAGUUAAUGGAUUGAAUGGUGUGUUGGCCCCAGGCCCAAGCAGGGAAAUGCUAGAUUUGGACAGUUUGGAGGACAACAACGACAGACUGGCUGCAGUGGGAAACAGCAGAGAUACAGACUAUGAUGAAACCAGGGAAUAUAUCAGCUCUGAAUCUUAUCCAAUAGCACCCCCAGAACACAUGCCCAGUCGCUUCUCUGUUCCAGCCAAGAGCCGAGCCUCCUGGUGAUAAUACAGCAUGGAGAUUCUGUUUCUUCCUCAUAAUGAGUCAGGUGCCGCCAUCUGUUGACUCAUAGCAGGCAGACAGGCUGCUUCCAAAUACAGUUGCUUUUGGGACUUUUUUAUUCCAAAUUUAGAUUUUUACAUGUAUUUUUUUUUUAUUAUUUUAUGCAGUUGUGUGAAGAAAUAUAAGAAACAAAGAGGUUUUGGUUAAACUAGUUAAACAGAGUGAGUUUCUACAGGGCGAUGUUCGGUACAAAAACUAAUGUUAGAAAUGUCAGAAAUCCCUACUUUUGAUGACUGAACAGUAUCUAUCAGAGCCUGAAAUGUGUUGCUUUUAUCUCAGUGUCUAAAGUUUUUGUUUAUGUUCACUUUAAUGUGAAAAUCUGUAAG